AUGAAGAUAAUGAAGGUGCUACCGUGCCCUGCUGCUCUUCUCUUCCUGGUGGCUGCGUUCAGUCUGGAGCCAUCUCACUGUGCCAAGGUGCUGAUCAUGCCCACCAUAGUCUUUGACAGCCACUUGCGAGUCUUCAUGCGAGUGGCAGAGGCACUGACUGACCAGGGCCAUGACCCUGUGCUACUUCUUCAUGAGGGUCGGGAUCUGGAAACCUACCUGCCCAGCUUCCGCAUGCAGAGGUACUGGGGUAUCUUCAGCACAGAGAGCGCAGAUGCCUGGGUGCAGGAGAAGAUAAAGCGUGUCUUCCAGGGGAAGAUGACCUCUCUGGAGAUGUUUUCCUUUUUGGAGAAGUACCUGGAAAACUGUGACCUAGUGCUGGGAAACUCUACCCUUCUGCAGAAGCUCCAGCAUGAGCACUUUGACCUGCUGUUGGUGGACCCUAAUGAGAUGUGCGGCUUUAUCCUGGCCCACAUUCUCCGUGUGAAAUACGCUGUGAUCUCCACUGGUUUCUGGUUCCCAGCGGAGAUUGGUGCAACUUCCCCCAUUGCCUAUGUCCCUGAGUUCAACUCCCUGAUGACAGACAGGAUGGGCUUCUUUGGUAGAACUUGGAAUCUCCUAGUCUACAUGAUCACUCGUGUAGCCACAAAGCUGGUCAUCCUGCCCAAAUUUGAACGUCUCAUGGAGAAGCACAGAGUGGAGCCAAAGACAUCUAUGUUGGACCUUGUCCAUGGAACCAGCCUCUUCUUCCUCUGUAAUGAUGUGGUGCUGGACUUUCCCCGGCCAACACUCCCCCAUGUCAUUUUCACAGGGGGGAUCCUUGCUGAGCCUGCAAAGCCCCUCCCAGUGGGUCUGCGUCUCUGGGUGGAAGCUGCAGAUGCGGGUGUUGUUGUCGUCUCCUUUGGCAUUGGGAUCCGAGCUCUUACUUUUAGCGACUUGGUGGAGAAGAUGGCUGGUGCGUUUGCUCGCCUCCCGCAGAGGGUGGUGUGGAGAUACUUUGGGCAGAAGCCAAGAAACCUGGGUGAGAAUACUCUGAUGAUGGGGUGGCUGCCCCAGAACGACCUGCUAGGCCAUCCCAAUGUGAAAGCCUUCGUCAGCCACUGUGGGAUGAACGGUGUAUUUGAGGCAAUUUAUCACGGUGUGCCAGUGGUGGGAUUUCCUUUCUACGGAGAUCAGUUUGACAUCAUGACCAGAGUGCAGGCAAAGGGCAUGGGUAUCCUCAUGGACUGGAGCAGAGUAAAAGAAGAGGAACUUUACCAGGCUGUCGUCACAGUUAUCUCUGACCCCAGCUACAGAAAAGCAGCCAAGCUCAUCUCAGCUCUGCACCUGGACAAACCGAUGCAUGCCCUCAAUAGGACAGUGUACUGGCUGGAGUACAUCCUUCGUCACGACGGGGCACCCUAUCUUCGCCCUGCUGUCUACGACCUCUCCUUAUAUGAGUACUUCUGCCUGGACAUCCUGGCUCUUCUCUUGCUGUGUCUGGCCGGUAUUGGAUUUGUCCUCUACAAAUCUGUGGUGUGGUGCAGAAGAAAGGGGGCCAGCCCGGUAUACCAGAACGGCAAUUGCAUGAAAGGCCACUUCACAGAAGAGAAGAAAUUGCAGUAG